GGGGCGGGGUUGGAGGGAGCCAGGAGGCGGAAGUUCCCGCAGGCCGUGGGGACGGCGCGCGCACUGCGAGACACUUGUCAGCGCUCGUCUGAGGCGGAGGCUGUGCCGUUUCGGACCGGUGCAUAUUUCUUUUGUCUUCUGGGACUGGACCUUGAGCCAUUAGAAUCAUGAGCAACUACAGCGUGUCCUUGGUUGGCCCAGCUCCUUGGGGUUUCCGGCUGCAAGGUGGCAAGGAUUUCAACAUGCCUCUUACCAUCUCGAGUCUCAAAGAUGGCGGCAAGGCAUCCCAGGCAAAUGUGAGAAUAGGUGAUGUGGUUCUCAGCAUUGAUGGAAUAAGUACACAUGGAAUGACUCAUCUUGAAGCCCAGAACAAGAUUAAGGGGUGUACAGGCUCUUUGAAUAUGACUCUACAAAGAGCGUCUGCUACACCAAAGCCUGAGCCAGUUCCUGUUCAAAAGCCCACAGUCACCAGCGUGUGUUCCGAGACUGCUCAGGAGCUAGCAGAGGGACAGAGAAGAGGAUCCCAGGGUGACAAUAAACAGCAAAAUGGGAAAAUUCCACCUAAACGCCCACCAAGAAAGCACAUUGUGGAGCGCAAUACAGAGUUUUAUCACAUACCUACUCACAGUGAUGCCAGCAAGAAGAGACUGAUGGAGGAUACUGAAGAUUGGCGUCCAAGGACUGGGACUACUCAGUCUCGCUCUUUCAGGAUCCUGGCCCAGAUCACUGGAACUGAACAUAUGAAGGAAUCUGAAAAUGAUAGUGCAAAGAAGGCAAAGUUUGACAGUUCUGUGGAAGACCUACAUAAGAGUGGACCAUACCCACCUGCUACUUCUCAGGUUUUAAAUAUUAGUAGACAAGUAGCCACACUUUCAAAAAUAGCAACUACUUAUUCUAGCUGUACAAGAAGUGUGGUGAGAAGUUCUUUGGAAGGUCUUGGAAACUUUUCUGCCCUCUCUUCUCCUGGUAGAUAUAGUGCUGCAGUUCUGAGCAAUGCAGCCGCUACUGUAUCUGCUGUUCUUGCUGCAAAAACCAGGCUCUUCAAUCCUGAAAGGUAUCAUUCUCUACUGGAUGCACUCUGCAUCAGCCCUGUUCCCAAACCUAUAGCCUUUUCAUAUCUCCAGCCCUCGAGGAACUCAACUGAUUCUAUCUAUGUUACGAAAACAAGCAACUUCCAGGAGCCUUCUCAGCAAUUGAUUUCACAGAGCAUGCCUGAGAGUCUGGCAAGUCCAGCCUCAGCCAGGCCAGCAGUGGCCAGCCUCACAACUGCUGCUGCCUUCAAGCCUCCGACUUCUACGAAUGUUUCCAAACCACCAAGUUGGCAACAGUCAAAUCAAGCAGCACCUUUCACUGGAAGAAUCUCAAACAGUGUGGCUUCCUCGGGAGCAGGGGCACCAGCCAACUCAACUGUGGGGCAACCCCAGCCAAGUGACCAGGAUACUUUGGUGCAAAGAGCUGAGCACAUUCCAGCUGGGAAACGAACACCAAUGUGUGCCCACUGUAACCAAGUCAUCAGGGGACCAUUCCUAGUGGCACUGGGGAAAUCUUGGCACCCAGAAGAAUUUAAUUGUGCUCAUUGCAAAAAUACCAUGGCCUACAUUGGUUUUGUAGAAGAAAAGGGAUCACUCUAUUGUGAGCUGUGUUACGAGAAAUUCUUUGCUCCUGAAUGUGGUCGGUGCCAAAGGAAGAUCCUUGGAGAAGUUAUCAAUGCUCUGAAACAAACGUGGCAUGUUUCCUGUUUUGUGUGUGUAGCCUGUGGAAAACCCAUUCGUAAUAAUGUUUUUCACUUGGAGGAUGGUGAACCCUACUGUGAGACAGAUUACUACGCUCUCUUUGGUACCAUAUGCCAUGGAUGUGAAUUUCCCAUUGAAGCUGGAGACAUGUUCCUGGAAGCACUGGGCUAUACCUGGCAUGACACAUGCUUUGUAUGCUCAGUGUGUUGUGAAAGUUUGGAAGGUCAGACCUUUUUCUCCAAGAAGGACAAGCCGCUUUGUAAGAAACAUGCUCAUUCUGUGAAUUUUUAA